ACGCAGGACUCGUGCGGCGAUGCUUGUCGAGGAAACGAAAAUCGUUUCUCCGAGUUCCUCAUUUGCCCCUUUUUUUCUCCGUCUCCGUUUCGUUUCCCCCUUCCCUUCUAGAAACCCUAAUCCCUCCCCGCGCCGCCUAUUCAUCGAUCCUCGCGAAACCCUAGGGCUCCCUUCUUCGUGGAAUCAGCUACUGGAUGUCGGGAGAAGAGUUCAAUCGGUUUGAUUUUCUAAAGUAAUCGCCUGUUUCAAUCGGGAUUUGAUCAGAAGAAGCUGUUGUACAAUUUGUUGUUGUUGUUGUUGUUAGUUAUAUCGAUGAUUAGGGAGGAAAAGCUAGUUGCUUGCUGUGUAAUUUAAUGGCGGAAGAUAGUAUUAGGCUAAAUGGAUUCUCCUCUGGCCUAGCUGUUCUGUUAUCAGAUGAUGACCCAAAAGGGAAUCCUCAGAAGUCCCACUUAAUUUCUUACCACGGUGACAUCGGAAACCAAGCAGUGGAACGGACCAUCGAAUACAUAUUUGAUCUCCCUCACAAAUCGGUCGCUCUAACCUCUAACACAGUUGAUAUUAAGUUUAUCUGUUCUAUCCUUAAGAAUCAAGCGCAAAGAUAUCCAGAUUCCGAUGACUAUAGCAGAGAUGGCGUAUUUUUUAACGAUCACGGUUGCGGCCCUUAUAUUGUUUGUAUGGACAAAUCAAGCAUGUGUGGGGAAUUCAAGACCGUAAGGAAGCCAUUGCUUGUAGAAAGCCGGUCGGUAUUCAGUAGUGCUCGGGUUAAUGCAUGCGUAUGGAAGGGGAAGUGGAUGUACGAGGUGACUUUAGAAACUGCAGGAAUCCAGCAGAUUGGGUGGGCUACCCUUUUGUGCCCCUUCACUGAACAGAAAGGAGUGGGUGAUUCGGAGCAUUCUUAUGCUUUUGAUGGCCGGAGAGUGACCAAGUGGAAUAAGGAGCAUAGGGCAUAUGGUCAGCCAUGGGUGGUGGGCGAUGUGAUUGGAUGUUGUAUUGAUUUUGAUGCUAAAGAGAUCUCCUUUUAUAGAAACGGGGUUUCUCUUGGAGUGGCGUUUGAUGGAAUCCGCAAAGUGGGUCCGGCAAUUGGCUAUUAUCCGGCGAUUUCCCUCUCUGAAGGUGAGCGUUGCGAUUUGAACUUUGGAUCUCGGCCAUUCAAAUACCCUGUUGAGGGGUUUCGUCCGAUUCAGGCUCCGCCCGAACGUGUAGCUUUUACUACUUAUCUGCUCCAGUGCUUGUCCAGGUUACUGGAGGUGCAGUGUUUGGAGAGAUCUGAGUCAGCUUAUUUUCAGAAAUUGAGAAGGGUGAAGAGGUUUGCACCACUGAAAGAACUGUUUUGCCCCAUAUCACAUGGAAUCUGUGAAAAAUUCUACAACAUAGUCGAGUCAAGUGAGUGGAGUACUGAAUAUAUUGCCUGGGGAGUACUUUCUUCUUUCCUGGUAGAUGUCUUCGGGUCCCAAGCACCGCAUGAUUAUUCAAGUUUGGAUCGGGUUAUUGACCUGUUGCUCAAGUUUCCAGGCGCGAACUCAUUGCUCCAGCAUGUUAUUGUGGCACUUUCUUAUAGCUGCAAAGUAGCGCCACUUGUUCUAACCGAGUGUCCUUAUUCUGGAUCAUAUCCUUAUCUUGCACUGGCUUGCCAUAUUGUCAGGCGUAAAGACAUGAUGGUCCUGUGGUGGAAAUCGCUGGAUUUUGGAUUUUCAUUGGAAGGUUUCCUUUCGAUGAAGAGCCCAAACAAGCAGGAUUUACACUGCCUUAUUCCGUCUGUGUGGUGGCCUGGUUCAUGUGAGGAUGUCGGUAAUGAAAGCAGCAUGAUGUUGACCAUGUCAGCAUUAUCUGGAGCAGUUGCAAAGAUUGAGGAAAUGCAUCGCGACCUUUGUAGUUUGGUCAUUCGUUUCAUACCUCCAGGGUGUCCUCCCCAGUUACCUGGCUCCGUGUUCAGAACUUUCAUACAGAAUUGCAUAGUAAAGACGAGAGGUGUAGAUCACAAGAUGGUAUCUUCUGGUAUUUCAAGCAAUACCGUGAUUCUUUCUCUUUACAAUGUUAUCCUGCAUAUGCUAUCUGAAGGAUUCUCCAUGGAGGAUUCUUCUGGGUCAACGACCAGCUCUAGAACAAACUCUGGAAUUGCUAUUGGAUUUCUCCACAGACGUGGAAAAAGGAACUUUCCUGUGGACUUGUUUUUUCGAAAUGAUACAUAUUGCAGUGGAGUUCCUAGAAUUGGUGGUACAAUGUGUCAUCUAUCAAAGUCUCACCAAGUCACUGAUGAUGAGAAAAAGGAAGUACAGUGGGAUGAAGGCUACACAGAUGAUGGAGAUUCAAGAAUAACACAUUCUACAUUGCAGAAACCUUGUUGUUGUUCAACACCUGAGGUUGAAGUCUUCGAAAUGUCAAAAGAUAGUGUUAAAUACCCAGGUAAAGUUUCUAAAGGUCCAUGUAAGUCUAUGCCGGAAAAGUCAACUCCUGUCGCAGCAGAAUGCAGUGCAAGGAGUUUCAGUGAUGAGAUUGUGGAUAAACCUAGUUCAAGCGACCAGUCAGAAACUGAUUUUGGGUACAGACCAUUGCAUAAUUUGGGGAGCGUCCCAAUGAUGGAUCAAUUAUCUUCAGAAGCAUUGAGAGAGGAGGAGCUACUUGAUAUUAUGCUAUUGCUUUAUCAUUUGGGUGUUGCACCGAAAUUUCGGCAGGCAUUUUAUUUCAUGUCUCAUCAGUCGCAAUCAAUUUCUCUAUUAGAUGAUACUGACAAACAGAUAAGAGAAAAAUCAUCCGUUGAGCAAGUAAAGCGCUUGAAGGAAGCUCGCAAUGUUUAUCGUGAAGAAUUGGUUGACUGUGUCAAGCAUUGUGUAUGGUAUCGUGCCUCUCUUUUUUCUCGGUGGAAGCAAAGAGGAUUGUAUGCGACAUGCAUGUGGGUAGUGGAUCUACUGUUGGUCCUCAGCGAUAUUGAUACUGUUUUCCUAUAUAUUCCUGAAUUUUAUGUGGAAUCGCUGGUUGAUAGUUUCCAUGCAUUGCGAAGGAGUGAUCCUCCAUUUGUUUCUUCUUCAGUGUUUAUCAAGCAUGGACUUUCAUCAUUUGUUACCUUUAUUGCUAAGCACUUCAAUGAUCACCGAAUUUCAAGUGCGGACAUAAAAGAUCUUCUUCUCCAGUCAAUAUCAGUCUUAGUACAGUAUAAGGACUUUUUAGUUGCCUUUGAGAACAACAAGGAAGCUGUUCAGAGAAUGCCAAAAGCCUUACUAGCAGCAUUUGAUAACCGAUCCUGGUUACCUGUUACAAAUAUACUUCUACGACUAUGCAAAGGUUCUGGAUUUGCUGUGUCAAGACAUGCAGAAUCUUCAUCAUCAGCACUUUUCCAGGUGUUGCUGCGAGAGGCAUGCAUUCACGAUGAGGAAUUAUUUUCUUCCUUUCUCAAUCGACUUUUCAACAUGCUGAGCUGGACUAUGACGGAAUUCUCUAUGUCCAUUCGAGAGAUGCAAGACAAUUAUGAGAUUGUUGACCUGCAGCAAAGAAAAUGCAGUGCGAUAUUUGACAUUUCAUGCAACCUUGCAAGGAUACUAGAAUUCUGUAUGCGUGAAAUUCCUCAGGCAUUUCUUUUUGGGCCUGACAUGAAUCUUCGGAGGCUAACUGAAUGGAUCAUUUUUAUUUUGAACCACAUAAUUUCAGCUGCUGAUUCAGAGUUUUUUGACAUGUCAAUUAGGCGACCUGGCCAGAACCAAGAGAAAACAAAUCGGACUAUGAUUUUGGCACCUCUGGUUGGGAUCAUUGUUAAUCUCAUGGAUGCUUGUUCAGAUCCAGGGCGAGAAAAGCUGAAUGAUGUGAUUUCUGUGUUUGUUAGCAUGGACUGUCCUACCGUCCACUACGGAUUGCAAUACCUGCUAAGCUACAAUUGGAGCAUUGUCCUGAGAGGAGAUGCUUCCGUUACGAAGCUUGCCCGGCUUGAGGAAUUCUCCAGCUACUUGAGAAGCAGAACAGAGGAGUUAAAUAGCAGAGGAGAAAUAGAAACCCAAAGUGGUGAUGAUGAAACAGAAGAUAGCUGCUGCAUCUGCUACAACAAUAAUUCAGAUGCUUUCUUCGAGCCGUGCCACCACACAUCUUGCUUUGGCUGCAUAAGCCGACACCUUUUGAACAGCCAGAGAUGUUUCUUUUGUAACGCCACAGUUUCAGCUGUCGUGACGGUAGAACCUAAAGGAGCGCAAUCUCGAUGAGUGAAAAAACAAAUGUUUGCAUCAAUGAGUGCAUAUUUGGUGUUUGCUUAUUCGCCUCCAACAACUCUAGAGCAAGAUGAUUUGUCGUGGUCUUGUUUCUUGGAGUGCAUAGAGGCAAAAUUUUUUUCUAACAGGGAUCUGCGGGGACGCGGCAGAUUGUGAUGUCCUUUUCGUUUGCAACAAAAUAAAGCUGUAUUGAUACUCAGAAGCUGGGGGUUUGAAUAAGAGAGGAUUGAUGAGGGUUUAAUAGGUGGUGGAAAAGGGGGUAUCCCUUGGAGAUUAUACUAGUGAAUUUUGUAGUGUUUAGGGAAUUUGUCACUGUACAUAUGAGGUGUAAAAUGAAGGUGAUACGCUAGUAUAAACAGGAAGAAUAAAGGAGCCAAUGUUGGGUGUACUUGUUUACUGUGCCGAGGAUAAUCUCGGGCAAAAAUUUCUUUUUUUCAAUCUUGAUGUGAAAUAAUGUGAUAUGUAUUUUGAAGUUUACGAAGGUCCUCUUAUUUUUU